AUGGGAGCGCAUAGAUCUGGUGGACGGUGCUUCAGUAGCUGGGAGAUCUAUGCUCUGCCCCUUUUGGGCUUUGCUUUGAUCUGGGCAGCUCAAGUUUCUGUUGGAAGUACUGAUGCUAAUGAUGUUGCUGCAAUUAAUAGCCUAUACGCUUCACUGGGGAAUCCUAUUUUACCUGGCUGGGUUGCCAGCGCCGGCGACCCUUGUGGUGAAGCGUGGCAAGGUGUUCAGUGUAAUGACUCAACGAUAAUAUCCAUAACUCUCAAUGCAGCUAAUUUGGGUGGAGGACUGGGCAAUGGUUUGGGAAUGUUCACUUCUAUCAGAUCCAUAGAUCUAAGCAAUAACCGCAUUGGCGGGACCAUUCCAGCCACAUUGCCGCCUACUUUGCGAACACUUUUCCUAUCGGCUAAUAAUUUGACGGGAAGCAUUCCAGAUUCUCUGCCCUCUCUACCUCUCUUGACAGAUAUGUCUCUGAACGACAAUUUCUUAAGUGGAGAGAUACCCGAUUCCUUUCAACCCCAAGCAGGAUUGAUCAAUCUAGACAUAUCCAACAACAAUUUGAGUGGGAAUCUGCCUCCUUCCUUUUCUAACUUGCUUCAGCUUACUACAUUGCAUUUGCAGGAUAAUCAGUUAUCUGGUACCGUUGAUGUUCUCCAGGACCUCCCACUUCAAGAUCUGAACAUUGAGAAUAACCUGUUCUCAGGACCCAUACCUGACAAGAUGCUAAAUAUUCCUACAUUCAAUAAAGAUGGGAACCCGUUCAACGCUACAACUGGUGCCCCAUUGCCAGCACCCUUCUACCCAGCAACACCACCGCCAACAAGACCAUUUCCUUCUGGGUCUCCACCAUCGUCAAUACCACCACCUCCUGGAAAACCUCGUGGAGAAAAGGCAGAGGGGCCAUCUUCACAAGAGAAAUCAAGUGGAAAGAAAUCUAGCAAAAAAAUGGUAGUUGGGUUCUCAGUUGCUGGGGGAUUGGCAUUUCUAAUUGUGGUGAUGGCAUGCCUUAUUUGCAUACCGAAGAAUCGUAGAAAAACAGAAGAAGGUACUGGAAAUUUCAAACGGCAUCAAGUUGGUGCAGACAAAGGCAACAGAGAACAUCCCAGAGACAGUAAUAGUUCUUUGUUCCUGCCAACUAGUCGACCACAAAUAGAAAAAGAUCCAAAGGAGACAAUGGCACAGGCAAAGAAAGACCAUCUGGUGCCACAAAAAUCACCUCAAAGAUGCCUUCCCACAGUGGCAGCAGCAGCAGCACCCAAACGGAAUGAUCAUAAAAUUGAUUUGAGCAGGCUAGACUCGAUGGAUAUGAUGUAUAUGCCGCCGCCUCCACCACCACCACCUCCUCCUCCUCCUCCACCACCAGCUCCUGUUGAGAAGGUCAUUGUCAACCCACUUGUGCCUGCUGAACCUAGUGCUGCUGCACAACCUUCCACCAAAACUAGGGAUGUCACCACUUCUGCAAGGAGUUUCACCAUUGCUUCUCUCCAGCAAUAUACAAACAGCUUUUCACAAGAAAAUCUCAUUGGUGGCGGUAUGCUGGGAACUGUUUAUAGAGCAGAGCGUCCUAAUGGGAAGCUUCUGGCAGUCAAGAAACUGGACAAGAGAGCUUCGAGUCAGCGUGAUGAUGAGUUUCUUGAACUGGUCAACAAUAUUGAUCGAAUCCGACACGCUCACAUUGUUGAGCUUAUGGGCUACUGUGCAGAGCAUGAUCAGAGGCUUCUGAUCUAUGAGUACUGUAGUAAUGGCAGUCUGCAGGAUUUACUGCACUCCGACGAUGAGUUAAAGGAUAAUCUCUCCUGGAACACCCGCAUUAGGAUGGCACUAGGAGCUGCUAGAGCACUCGAAUACUUGCAUGAGGUCUGCCAGCCACCUGUUGUUCACAGAAAUUUCAAGUCGGCCAAUAUUCUUCUAGAUGAUGAUCUUGAUGUCCGUGUUUCAGAUUGUGGUUUAGCUUCAUUAAUAUCAUCUGGUUCUGUAAGACAGUUGUCAGGGCAGCUGCUAACAGCAUAUGGCUAUGGGGCACCAGAAUUUGAGUCUGGAAUUUACACUAUCCAGAGUGAUGUCUACAGCUUUGGUGUUGUAAUGUUGGAGCUUUUGACAGGCCGAAAAUCCUAUGACCGGUCACGGAACCGUGGUGAGCAGUUUCUAGUGAGGUGGGCAAUCCCUCAGCUCCAUGACAUCGAUGCAUUAUCCAGGAUGGUUGACCCUUCUCUUAACGGGCAAUACCCUGCUAAGUCACUCUCCAACUUUGCUGAUAUAAUUUCUCGAUGUGUUCAGUCUGAGCCUGAAUUCAGGCCACAGAUGUCUGAGGUUGUUCAGGAUCUAAACAACAUGAUCAGAAGAGAGCACCCCAGCCGCGAAUCCAUAGGAGACUGA